CGCUUUGGAAAAACGAAAGCUGUUCUGCGACUGGUUGCUAGGGGUAACAAAGGGGCGGGUUAAAGAAAUCAAAAAAAAAAAUCUGUUGCUCAUAGCAACCAAUCACAUGACAACUCUCAUUUUCUUAGCUCUUCGAAAAAACGAAAGCUGCGCUGUGAUUGGUUGCUGUGGAUAACCCUAGAGUCAGCACGUGACUUUUCUCAGGAUGGCUGACGCACCGUCUGGGCCUAGCGUGCUCUCACACUACCCCGGGGCUGGCCUCGCCCUGCCGCCGGGAGACGAGCAAGAGGACGGCGAGGAGGAGGACGAAGGUCGGUACGAGCCCCACCGCGGGCCCCACCACCAUCACCGCCAUCACCAGCAGCUCAACGGCCUCAUCAGCCCCGACCUGCGGCACAUCAAGGCCCUGAAGAGCAAGCUGCCUCCCCCGCCGCUCAACGAUGAACGGACUGGCGCCCCCAACGGGCUGGACCGGCUGCAGGAGGAGGACGGGGCCGCGCUGGCCUCCCGCAUGGCCGCCUGCUCCCUGCUGCACCACCCCGGGGAGGACGGCUCCAUCCGAUACGUGCGAUACGAGUCCGAGCUGCAAAUGCCCGAUAUCAUGAGACUGAUCACCAAGGACCUGUCCGAGCCCUACUCCAUAUACACCUACCGAUACUUCAUCCACAACUGGCCGCAGCUCUGCUUCCUGGCCAUGGUAGAAGAGGAAUGUGUAGGUGCCAUUGUCUGCAAGUUGGAUAUGCACAAAAAGAUGUUCCGAAGAGGUUAUAUAGCCAUGUUGGCUGUGGACUCAAAGUAUAGAAGAAAGGGCAUUGGUACAAUUUUGGUUAAGAAAGCUAUUUAUGCCAUGGUUGAAGGGGAUUGUGAUGAGGUUGUCCUGGAAACAGAAAUUACAAACAAAUCUGCUUUGAAACUUUAUGAAAAUCUUGGUUUUGUGCGGGAUAAACGCCUGUUCAGAUACUAUUUAAACGGAGUUGAUGCACUGCGUCUUAAACUAUGGCUGCGUUAAGGCAAAACGGUCGCCUCGAGGAACAAAUCCCCAUUCGAUGCUUGUUCAGGACCUCACUACCAUGCAGCGCUCUCUCGUCAGUAUCCCAUUGCGUGUCGCACUAUUUGUUGCACUAAGGCAUGGCGCGUACGUCCUGAUAUCAACCGGAUUCUUUCUUUCGACAUCAGGAAGACUUUCAUUUGGUACCAGCAAGAUGUGCCAGUUGUUAGCCAAGACAUUUUCAUUCAUUUGCAAAAUCUACUGACUGUGUUAUAUUAAAAGAUUUAAAGAAAAAAUUGAAAAAAAAAGCGAAGAAAAAAAAUAAACAAAAAAUGAACAUUUUAUCACAAAACCUAUGUGAGAACUAUAAUCUGAGGUUCUCGGGGGGGGGGGGGGGGGGAGGAAUUACAGCAGCCAAUGUAUACUGUCAGAUUCUAUUAUUGUGCUAACAUUGCUACAAUCUUGCCAUAGUUUUCUGAGGAAGGCAAAAAAAAAAAAUUUAUUUUUAAUUUGAUUUCUCAGUAUUGACUCUCUUCCAUUCUUGGUAUCUCGGUGGUAAAUUCAAGAAAAUAAAUGAGCAAAUCCCAAUGUUAUUGCAGGAUGGGGUGUGAUACAAAAGAAAUUGCGUCUGCCAGUGCCUGUACCAUAAAGGAUACCCCCUACCCCCCCGCCCCCCUUUCCAAGUUAAAAUGCAUGUUUCAUCCUUUAACCACCUUUUUCCCCUGAACUUUUUGGAAAGAAAAUCAGUCUUUGGUUUUAUUUAAAGGUCUGAAAGUAAAUUAUUUCCAAUUUAUUUUUUAUUUCUAUAUAUACUUUUAUUUUAUUUUUUAUUUUUUUUGGUCAAUGGUGACUGCCUCACUUUUUUGCAUUCAAAAAGUGUAAGCUAGGGAACGAAACUAAUCAUUUAGCUGCUAAGAAGAAAACAAAACUAUUAAAAUCUAUGCUGGUUCUGGAUGCACUUUUCUGUAGGCGCUUGGGGUUUUAAAGAAAUUAUUGUAAAUUGGUAUGAUUUUAUUUAAAACAGAUGUAGUUCUAAAGAACCGCUCUGCUAUAUUAUUUUUCUUCUUUUCCUUUCAUUUUUAAUAAAUCUCUCGUCCUGAAUUGACUUUGGCGUUUUCAGCUUUUGCUUCACUUUCUUCUAAAUUUUAUUUAAAUCCUUUGCAUUACUUGAUUUAGGAAAGAACUCAAAAUACAGUAUAUUAUAAUGCAGCUAAAUUAUUGACAUUUUUUUUUUUCCCCUUGGAGGAAAACUUCACCGAUGCAGGGUUAAUAGUCCUAUUUUGCAUGAAAACUUUUUUUUUUAUAUAUAUAUAUUUUAAAGUUUGUCUGUUAUGGCGUUUAGUCAGUUUUGUCAUAAUUUUUUCUUCAUCUAAAUUCCUCAUGCAAAAUAAUAAUUUUUUUUGUGUUAAUCCCUCCAAGCUUUUUAGAUCUUGAAAUGUUACAUUGGAAUUUCUGCUGUAUUAAAAUUUCUAUCAUUUUUGCAUUUUUAUUUUUUUAAUUUUUUUUUUGUUCUAUAAGAAAUGUAGAUACCGUAUUUCCAAAUACAGCUUUUUUUUUUUUUUUUUUUUUUUGUGUGCAGCUGCACUUACUGGCAAGGAUGAUAUUUAGUUAAAAAAAUAAAUCAGAAAUCACCAGUGAAUAUAAGUUUUUGUCUAUCAGGAGGGGUCGUCUGACAGUGAAACCUAUUUUUGCCCAUCUAAUAAACAACCAUUUAUUAAUAAAUAGUUAUUUUACUACCUUUCUGUGGUCUUUCAUGCUUAUUCAUGAUGUACAUUAUGUAAUAGACUUCUCGUUCCUAUGUACAGAACACUCUCUAGUCGGGAAUUCGGCUAGCUACUUUAUCUCCCCCAUAUAUUACACUUUCCUGACAAUAACUUGUGUGGGGGAAAUAGAUUUGGCUGAAUUCCAAGCUAGAGUGUCCUAUACAGAGACAAAAGAGCUGACCGUUUCUAUUCAAAGUAAAAGGAAAGCAUGAAAGACCUUAGAAAGUAGUAAAGUAACCUUUUUUUUUUCCAGUAUAUGUUAAUUUAUUAUUGAACGACCUGUUAGCAGGUUCGGGUAUUCUAACCUGCUAAUAAAGGGACUGUUACCUUUUUAGUAUUUUAAUACCUUUUUAACAUGGCACUUCGUUUAUCUGUAAUAUCAGUUUUGUUAAUGUUUAAAUUAGGCAUUUUGGGGCCCUGAGGUUCUUUCUUCACCCUUCUGUGCUUCAUCUGCUUACACUUAUUGCUGCAGACAUAAGCACUGAUUCUGGACCAUUUUGAGAGGUGCAGAUCCAUUGAGGAAAUUCAGUGUAAACGGACCUGAAUACAGAGCUGCCUUUUUGCAGUGUCGUGGUGGCUGUUUCAGUGCACUGAAGGGUAAAGUUACACCCCCAAGGAACUAAACAGCCUAAUUUGCAUAUAUAAAAUAAAAUUACAGGUAAGCAGUGCAUCAGAGUGCAAUGUUAAAGGUAUUCUGAUGCUUAGGGUAACAGCACCUAUUAUCUCUCAGUAGGUUAGUAUGUCCUUACCUGCUGACAGAUUCCCUUUUUAAAAUUCCAAUCUGUUUUGGUGUCAGUCAUAUUAUGGCUGCAAAAUUCACCUCCCUGUAUUCUACUGAACAAAACUUUAAAUCCCUAUUGGGUUCUUUAGUAAUCUAAUUUAGGAGAUCACAGUCCUGGUGCUGUAUUACUACUGUCUAAAACUUGUGCAAUGGAGCUGUGAGCAAAGGGCUAUACAUAGGUACCCCCAUAGCGCUGUAAUAUGGGACAACAGGCUGGAAGUGUUUUUACCAUGCAGUGCAGGAUUACUGGUUCAUUCCCCCUUAGCAGUGCAUUUAUGGAGUAAUAGAAAAGUUAUGCGGUAGUAUUCCACAGAAAUGUAAAAUCUGAUGUAUACAGGACUAUAUGAUGACUUUGUAUCUCAUAUUAUGACUCAAAGGCAGUACCGACCUGUAAUAUGGCCUGGGGUACUUUUAUCCUGGGUUCAUAGUAUUUGUGCUAGGAAAGAAAAAAAAUAUACUGCCUCUGGGUCAUAAUAUGGCAUGCAUAAAGAUCUAUGUAUACUUUCUGUGGUAAAGUAUGGGUAGGUCCCGAUGGUGAAAAGUUGUUCUCUGUUGAGCCAAUAUACAUCAGUAUAUAAAUGUAUAUUUAUAUUGUUGUUCUUUACUGACAUCCAGUAAGAAAUCAUGUAUGCUUUUUUUGUAAACUUAAAGGGGUACUCCGCUGCCCCAGCGUUCGGAACAUUUUGUUCCGAACGCUUGGAAUAGGCGGCCGUGGUCGUGACGUCACUGCCACACCCCUCGUGACAUCACGUCACGCCCCCUUAAUGCAAGUCUAUGGGAGGCAUGGCGUGACGGUGACUUCACGACCCCUGCUGCCCACUCCAAGCGUUCGAAACGAAUGUGGGUACUGCACAGAGAUCGCGGGGGUCCCGCGAUCUAGGGACGAGUACCCCUUUAAGUAGCAUCCAUUGAAGACAUCUAUCAGUUAGGUGUCUGAAAAUCUCCUUCCAAUGUAUA